UCCCCGCUUGAUAGAGAAAAGAAGACAGAAAAGAAAACUGUCAGAAUUAUUGGUUGAACAAGAAUAUAAAGACUGUAUUAGAGCUAAAGAUUUAGCGCUUAUUCCACAGUAGCCCAAUAUCACAAUAUGAAAUGAAGACAUAUCCUGUUAUUAGAGAGAAGAAAUACAGCAGUGUUUUUCCUGAAAAGGCAGCGCUGUGUGCAGCCAGGCUCCAGGCCCGGGUCUUAUCUUAUUCAGCGGGGAGGAUGUGGUCAGUGCUGGGAGGCUUUGUUGAUGGGUUGACUGGUGGUGGUGGUGGCGGUGGGCUUUGUGGGAUGGUGGUCAUUGUUCCUGUGAAUCCUGGGUAAAAAAAAAAAAAAAAAAAACAUCAGGCGUCAUAAGCACACACAUCAGGGGGUAUAAUAGGAGUCUGCAUGUUCUCAGAGUCUCUGUGCAUUUUGCCUCUGGUGCAGCUUUCUGAAGUCUUUAAGUUACACUACCGUACACUAAACAUCAGCAAUGAUGGUAAAGAGGACCACAGGCCUGUUGUGGAAAAUAUGUGGAGUUAUCUGUAUCAGCAAAUAAUUUGAAUGUUGUUUCUGCUCAGUGCUCAGUGCUCAGUGCUGUAUCUUUAUCAAAAUUCCUUCCAGGAAAACCAAACUGAUUUGGAGGUGAUCCUGGACUUCCUAGAGGAGUACUAUAGACAAAACACUGGAGGGGAUCCCAGGGGGAAAGUGGAUGAAGUGUACUGGACAAGACAUUUACCUGCGGAUGAAACAUCUCCUGAACAACCCUGGACCGGCUGUGAGCCGCCGAGAACCAAACCUGCCCUACAACAAGUUCUGGCACACGAUGCCCCCCCGACACCCAACCAAAACACAGCCACAUUGUCUGAGCAUGGGUCACUGCCAAACUUUGUACCAGCAAGGCAAUCAUCCAAACGCCACACCACAGCAGCCGGAGGUAGAAAGGUGCGCCUGUUUCACUUUCUGUUUGAGAUGCUGGAGGAUCCAGGCAUGGCCCACUGUGUGUCCUGGGUACCGGCAGCCACCGGGGUCUUCCGCUUUUCCUCCAGGAACAAGGACCAGGUCGCAGCACUGUGGGGGCAGAGGAAAGGCAACAAGAGGCCAAUGACGUACCAGAAGAUGUCCCGGGCCCUCAGGAACUACGCCCGCUCCGGAGAGAUUUUCAAGGUGAAGAAGAAGCUCACCUACCAGUUCAGCCAAGACACUCUGAUGUCGCUGCAGAGGUGUCAUCGUGGAAAUGUGUAAUGUGGCUCACAUUAUCUUGUGUAAGACAAAACUAGAUGUUUUAGACAUUUUGAUGUGAAACUUUUUUAAAUGCAAAAUGUAUGAAGACUUUGCCUUUAUUUCCAACAAUAUUCCAUUGUUAGUGUACAGUAGGUGUUACAUGGACAAAUACAACAGCAUUCCUCUCUGUGUUUUAUACUGUUUGUGACUCAUUUUGUGCUGUAAAUAAUAAUAAAUAUUUUACAAAGAA